GUGUGUGUUUAAAAUAGGCUGUGGUUUAUUGCGCCGCGGAGCCGCCGCCACCGGGUCCAAGGGCCCUCGCCGGACCUCCAGGGCGAUUCUUCGGGAACGAGUCCCAUAGAAAUGGCAUCAGGUGGAACGUCGCCGAAGGGCCUCUCCGCGGCGCUGAACAGACUGGAGGGAAAGUUUGAGUCAAUAAGUUCUCAGAUUGAGCAGCUGGAUGAAGGAGCGCAGAAGCUGAGCCAGCGGCUGGAGCGGCACAGGCAGACUCUGGAGCAUCAGGCCCGCCUGGACCAGGUGUGGAUGUGUCUCAUGGAGGACAGGCUCACUGCGGUGGAGAAGAACCUCCUCUUCACCUACACCAUCGACACCCUGCGGCGAUGCCACUCCCUCACGUUGGAGAAGCUUCCGGACUUGGCCCACGCUCUGCCCACGGUCGCCUCCGUGCUGCGCGCGACAUCCAAGAACCGCCGCAUCCGCGCUGCGUGGGAGUCCGUCCUCGGGGACCUGGGGUUGGACGCUUGGGACAUCGACGUCCUGUGCGUCUUCUCCGUGACGCAGGGCUACCGGGCCGAGUACUACGCGCCCAGCGAGCGGCAGAGGCACGCGGGGGUGGAGGCGCUCCUCCGGAAGGCGGUGGACAGCGACGUCCUCAGGGAGAGUCUCCUGAGGGCCGUGCGGGCGGCCGAGAAAGAAAAGGCCAGAAACUUCGCCUCCGACAAACCGGCGCUUUCCGUAAGAGAGCAGCUCGGGAACAAGAUCCCGAAGAAGUGAUGUACAAACAUACAAAGUGUACAGACAUAAUUCGCUUAUAAAAUCACACACAUAUUUACAGAAACUGAUACAUUUAUUUUUGAAACCACAGAUACUCUUCGGUCCUUAAUUAAACAAUGUCUCUUUAUUGUGUCACAUGGUACGAAUAUAUAAUUAUUUUUAAAAAUGCAGCAAACUGACUGAAAACC